AUGCUGAGCAGAAUCAGAAAUCAGUUCAGCAGCCAGUGUCACGACGACUACGAGCCAGUACAGUCGGACGAUGGCCCCAACCUGCCGCCACUCGAAAUACACAGGCAACGGCCACAGCGUGGCGAAAUGCAGAGCCGCAGCGGUGGUCUCGUAGUCGCCUGCUUCUGGGCUCUUGGAGCGGGCAUCCUCCUCAGCUGGAACGACGGCACCGACGAAACGGCUGCGAUGGUCACUGAUCCUGAUGCUUGCGACCAUGAUCGUGAUGGUCUUCCCUCUGCUGUCCAACAUCCUUCCCUCCAUGUCGACCUCGGGCUCUCCGCUGCUGCUUCCGAUGCUCCUGCUCAUCGUGCUGGCGCUCUCCCUGUCCACAUCGAGACGUUAGCUGUCAUGAGUGGCCAAGGAGGAGUCGCCUGCAUUGUGUCGCUCGCCCAGGUCUUCCUCGCCAUGGCCGAGUCCAAGAACGCUGGCAUCCCAGAGAACGGGCAUGGGUCCACGAAGGCCGCCCAGGCGCUCUGGUUCAUCGGAGCCAUCGGCACCAUCGCUUGCAUCGCUGCUCUCCGGUACCUCGUCAGCCACCCUGACUACGUGAUCGUGCUGGCCCCUCUCGCGCAGCGAGAAGUCAGCGUCGAUGUGACGAGCAAGGACAUGACGAAGCGUGUGUUCGCUAAGAACAUCACUCUCGAGUUUGCUCAGCUGACCACAGGCUAUCUUCCCUCCCAUUACAACGACGAUCAUGUCCGCGAGCCGCAACCCGCCAUGGAUUCUGCAGCCAGCCAUCUUCAUCGCGAUUCACUUCUUCAUCUUCAACUCGCCGUGGGCUCCAUCUGCAUGAUCUUUGCUUCCUCACCCGAGCUCAACCCCGUCAUUGGCGAGGAGGAAAAGGAUCUGGCAGGCACUCUUGCCGCCUUUUCUCUCGUCGCCGGUCUCGCGUUAGGGAGCCUGUGUUCAUUCGCUGUCAACUACGCCAUCAACGGCAACCCCUUCGGCGGCUAG